UCCUCCCCACCACCGCCCUCUCUCUCCCUGCUCUCUGCUGCCGCCUUCCCUCCCCCUCUCCCUCUUCGCCUGCCUCCGCCGCCCCUCCCUGCUCUCCGCCGCCGCCCCACCCGCUCCCGCGGGAUCCAGAUCCGACGCGGGGGCGUGGCACGGAGUGGGAGCCGGCGCUCGAGUGCGUCGUGGGCCUCCUCCGCGGCGACGUCGACGCCGCGGGCCCCUCGCCGCCCUCCCCGGUAUCCAGGCUAUUUUGCCGCGGUGCUCUCCUGUGUCUCGCUCGGUGGCAGCGGCGGGGACGCGCUCAAGCUCGCUGUGCUGCGCGUGCUCGUCGCGUUCGCGCGGUGCUCGGCCGUCUCCGCCAGCGGGGAGUGCCUGGGCCAGGUGGUCAAGGCGUGCAACAAAGGGGAGCGGCGGCGCGCGGCGAGCCCACCCGCGGCCACGACGGGGAGCGGCGGCGCGGGCCGAGCACCUCCACCUGCGCAGGAGGCACGACGGCAAGCGGCGCUGGCCGGGCGGCGGUAGCGCGGCUUGGCGAGUGAAGGCGGCGGCGCGCGGCGCGGCCUCGUGUGGCAAACGAGCCACCUCGCCGCCCUCACGUACCCGUCGCAGUGGACGCGAUGGGAGGCAGGCAGGUCGGAAGAGGCGGAGGAGAUGGGGCGCCGACGCCACCCGCUGACACACACCAGCCCUCCCCGCGAACUAGGCGCAGGUAACCCCUCUCCUCGCCACGGCCCCGGCUGUGCCUGAUCCGAUUCCGAUCAGGUAGUGGAGCCAACUCGAUUCGGCUCGUCCGUUGCUGUCCGAUCAGGUGAUGGAGCUCCUGUACGUACUUUGAUAUGUUUAGCUGAAGAAUUUCUGUACAGCGCCAUAUAUCUGUAUCAGCAACGCCUAAAUCGAGGUCAUUUUCUUUCAGGUCCUCUAUUACCUUGAUGAAAAAACCAGGUGGGGUUUGGAGAUCUCUGAUCUUAAGAAGCAACUCGAGGGGCGGGCCGGCCAGCGGGGUACGACUCCUGAGAAGAAGGCUGCAUGUAUGGGAAGAGAGCAGAAGCCUCUGGAGAUCUGCCCUUUAGGCCUCGCUGGGUAUGAAAAGUUGAUCUGUUUGCUGCUGCGGCGGGGCUUGACGAGGAGGCCGAGAAGGCAACUCUGCUUCUCCGGAGGCAUAGGGUGAUACGGAGGAGCUGGCCAAGGAGCUUGGCGCCGGCCAGCCUGGGCUGGAGAACAAGAUGGUGGCCAUCAGCCCAAGGAAGCUGGUGAGCUUGCUGCAGAAUCUACAGACAUGGACAUGCCCUGCAAGGCACGGCAGGAAGCUGGAUGAUUUAGUAACUUCUACUAUUAUUACUGUUGUUGCCACCAGUACCAUUGACAUAGGAGCUGCAGCCUCGAGAGCUUUUCAGGAGCCUAGGGUGGUUGUUCAGACCACAAGUGAGGUCGACAUCCUUAACGAUGGGUAUCGGUGGCGCAAGUAUGGUCAGAAGGUCAUUAAAGGCAAUCCAAAUCCAAGGAGUUACUACAAAUGUACACACCCUGGCUGUUCAGUCCGCAAGCAUGAUCUGAAGUCAGUCAUCACAACUUAUGAGGAAAAGCACAACCAUGAAGUUCCGGCAGCCAGAAUACACUCACCACCUUUGUUCACUUGACAAAUUCCUUUGCAGUGACUGAACUGCUACAUAUAGACUUUUCCAUCAAUAUAAACAAUGUUGCAAUCAGUACUCAGUAGGGUAAAGACUUAGACUGAAUGCACAGGGCAGUUCUGACUGGGGUUGACUGUUCAGCUGUCCUGUUAGUAUCAACUUUUUCAUCCAUAUUAACAAUGUUUCAGUCAGUAUGGUAAAGAGUUAGAAUGAAUGUGCAAGGCAGUUCUGACUGAGGUUAACUGCUAGCACCUACAUUUCAUUAAGACAUGGGUAAUGGUCUAUUUCUUUACUGGUUUACAGGAUCCCUCAUACUGCAGAUAAUGGUCAUUUGGUAUGCUUAACUUGCUGAGUGUAGUUAUGCAAAGCUUGCAUUUUUCGUUGAUUAUAUUUGCAUGGGAAUAUAUUUCAAUUGUAAGUUGCAUUUCUCUUAUGUGACAACAGUAAUCUCAUUUAUGCUUAACAUAUUAUUUUUUUGUUGUAGGUUCACGGGUGAUGGAGGAAGCAAUGUAUAACUGAUUCGGAAGAAGGAAGGCUAUAGUGCAUACUUUUUCUUACUAUUUGCAAUAUUAGAAAGUUAUGUGCAGAAUUAGAAUAAUUUUCAAUUCUUGGUGUAAUGAACUUUAUCUGUUAGGUAAAGGCCUUGGAUUGAUAUUUUUUAAAAUGUAUGUUUUUUCUGGACAACUACAUGAACAUGAUUGCCAUUUUAUCACACGCCAUGAAAAUUCAUGUUCA